AGGCGGGGCAGGGCGGGGCCUGCAGCGCGCGGUGUCUCCCGCCCGCUUGGGUUGGGGUCGCGCUGGCUUCGGACUCAGCUCCCCUCGGUUGAGGCCAUGGAGGACGAUCGGAAGGACGCAGUCUAUGGGACGCCACAGAAAUACGACCCCACCUUCAAAGGACCCAUUUACAACAGGGGAUGCACAGAUGUCAUUUGCUGUGUGUUGCUCUUCCUGGCCAUCGUAGGCUAUGUGGCUGUGGGCAUCAUAGCCUGGACUCAUGGAGACCCUCGGAAGGUGAUCUACCCCACUGAUAGCAAGGGCGAAUUCUGUGGGCAAAAGGGGACAAAAAAUGCGGACAAACCGUUCUUGUUUUACUUCAAUAUCGUGAAGUGUGCCAACCCCCUGGUCCUGCUGGAAUUUCACUGUCCCACCCCUCAGAUGUGCGUGAAGCAGUGUCCAGACCGAUAUCUCACCUUUCUGAGUGCACGCAACACUCGCGACUUUGACUAUUACAAGCAGUUCUGUGUGCCCGGCUUCAAAAACAGUAAAGGGGUGGCUGAGAUACUCCGAGAUGGGGAGUGUCCAGCGGUUAUCAUUCCCAGCAAACCUUUGGCCCAGCGGUGCUUUCCCGCCAUCCAUGCAAGCAAAGGGGUCCUCAUGGUGGGCAAUGAGACGACCUAUGAGGACGGACAUGGCGCCAGAAAGAACAUUACAGAUCUAGUGGAGGGUGCCAAAAAGGCCAACAAGGUUCUAGAGGCCCGGCAACUCGCCAUGCAGAUAUUUGAAGAUUACACUGUAUCCUGGUACUGGAUUAUCAUAGGUCUUGUCAUUGCCAUGGUGCUGAGUCUCCUGUUCAUCGUCCUGCUGCGAUUCCUGGCGGGCAUUAUGGUCUGGGUGAUGAUUGUCAUGGUGAUCCUGGUGCUUGGCUAUGGCAUAUUCCACUGCUACAUGGAGUACUCGAGACUCCGUGGAGAGGCAGGCUCCGACGUCUCCCUGGUGGACCUUGGCUUUCAGACGGACCUCCGAGUGUACCUGCACUUGAGGCAGACCUGGAUGGCUUUCAUGAUCAUUUUAAGCAUCCUGGAAGUGGUCAUCAUCCUGUUACUUAUCUUUCUGCGCAAAAGGAUAUUGAUCGCCAUCGCCCUCAUCAAAGAAGCUAGCAGGGCUGUGGGACAUGUCAUGUGCUCCCUGCUCUACCCACUGGUGACCUUCUUCCUCUUGUGUCUCUGCAUUGCCUACUGGGCCAGCACUUCUGUCUUCCUGUCUACUUCCAACGUAGCCGUGUACAAGGUUGUUGCUGACACAGCCUGCCCACUUCUGAGGAAAACCUGCAACCCAGAGACCUUCCCAUCACCGAAUGAGAGCCUCCAGUGUCCUAGUGCCCGCUGCCAGUUUGCCUUCUAUGGUGGCGAGUCGACCUACCAUCGUGCCCUGCUGGGCCUGCAGAUCUUCAAUGCGUUCAUGUUCUUCUGGCUAGCCAACUUCGUGCUGGCCCUAGGCCAGGUGACACUGGCCGGAGCCUUUGCCUCCUAUUACUGGGCUAUGCGGAAGCCUGAUGAUAUGCCCGCCUUCCCCCUCUUCUCUGCUUUUGGCCGAGCACUCAGGUACCACACGGGCUCCUUGGCUUUUGGCUCCCUUAUCUUAGCCAUCGUGCAGAUCAUCCGAGUGAUGCUGGAGUACCUGGACCAGCGCCUAAAAGUUGCACAGAACAAGUUUGCCAAGUUCCUCAUGGUCUGUCUCAAGUGCUGCUUCUGGUGCCUGGAGAAGUUUAUCAAAUUCCUGAAUAGGAAUGCCUACAUCAUGAUUGCCAUCUAUGGCACCAACUUCUGUACCUCAGCCAGGAACGCCUUCUUCCUGCUUAUGAGAAAUAUCAUCAGGGUGGCCGUCCUGGACAAAGUUACAGACUUCCUCUUCCUGUUGGGCAAACUUCUGAUUGUGGGUAGUGUGGGCAUUCUGGCCUUCUUCUUCUUCACCCAUCGGAUCAGAAUUGUGCAAGAUACAGCCCCACCGCUCAAUUAUUACUGGGUUCCCAUCCUGACAGUGAUCAUUGGCUCCUACUUGAUCGCGCACGGCUUCUUCAGCGUCUAUGGCAUGUGCGUGGACACACUGUUCCUCUGUUUCUGUGAGGACCUUGAGAGGAAUGACGGCUCUCAGGAGCGACCCUACUUCAUGUCGCCUGAGCUGAGAGACAUCCUAUUGAAGGGGAGUCCACAGGAGGGCAAGCAGGAGGAAGUGGAGGAGGAGUAGACAGUGAGGGAGCCGGGCAAGCUGGCCAGGGGGCCUCUGGAGACCGGUGGAGGAUCUGGAGAGAAACGACGGUUCAGCCGAGAGGCCUUACUUCAUGUCUUCCACUCUCAAGAAACUCUUGAAUAAAACCAACAAGAAGGUGGCAGAAUCCUAAAGACUCCUGCCUCCCCGCCGCCUCGGGACACCGUGAUUCGGUGCUUGCUGUGCAGCUGGGUCUGAGUCCCCAGCUCAUCAGACUUGCCUAACAUCACUGCCUCUCUGCACCCUCCCCGAGUUCCCGGAACCUAGACGACUGGGGCAUCUCUUCUCUAUGCCAAAGGGCACUUGAGAGUUUUCAGUGCAGCCCUGGAAGGUGGGACAGAAUGGAUCUCUCCAGUCCUUACUGACUCAGAUGGUGUCAAUAUGAACUUGAAGUCGAGAAUGGGAGAUGGCCCUAGGAUGUCUGCAGCAAGCGUCGUCUUUGUAUUCCAGUAACCCUUCCGGCCAAGAGGGAAAGACUGGAUAAGAGUGGGCAAGUCAGCUCAGUGAACACUAGCGCCAGGCUCCCCAGCCAGGACGGAAUUGGAUCUCCGUGGCUGAUGUACCUAAGGGCCAGCAAAUACACGUCUCACUCUUAGUCCUUUGUAGCCUAGACAGACAGUAAGGGGUCUACCUGCUUCUCUUCCAUCAGGCUCCAGAGCUGGAUGGAGCCACCAAGUGUGCCUUCAUAUGUAACCCAACCUUCAGCCUGGGCUGGCUGCGGUCACAGGAAGAAGUGUGUACCCAGAACUGGAGGAGUCUUCUGGAUAAACAGACAGCGCCUGGGAGGAGGGCCCUGUGCAAGGAGCCAUUGAGUGGUGGUGGUGGUGAAGGUGGUUGGGAGUAGCUGUGGAAAACAGGCCUCUGUACUUAGACCCUACAGAAUUGCUUUGACUGAUGGCUUCCAAAUGGAAAACUUGAGGUUGGAAAAUGAAUGAAAAUAGGGCCUGUCUCCCCAGCCCUUUUUCUGCCAGUAAUGCACACUGCUCUCUUUGUAAGAGGUAAGAAACUUAAGUUCACCCAAGGGAUGGUUUCAGGGGAUGAGGUGUGGGUGUGUUCUGUAUUCCAAGUUAACUAGGCCUAUCUGGUUUCUUUCACUUGAAACUAGAGAAUCUGUUUGCCAAAAUUCUUAAUCUUGGGAGCCAGUAGACUGGUUCUUCACUUUACCUACCAUAUGCUAAGACCCUCCCCUCACCCCUACUUUGACCAUCCGUAAGAUAGCAGGAUCUUGGAAACAAGGCUCCCAGCCUGGGGUCCCAGGGUUUCCUGUGCCUGCCUUGUGUGCCAUCCCACCCCACCCUCCUCUUGUAUGUCCAGCCCUAUGCUUACAUAAUUGCAUUCCAGCCAGUUAAUAAAGUGCCUCUUGUACAGAUA